AUGAAGGGUACAGAGAAUCGUGCAAUAAAGGGUACAGAGGUCGCUGUUACAGGUGUGAGUGGGAAUGUUGCUGCUACAACGUUGGUCGAAUCAGCAACUGCUGCGAGGUGCAGAGGCAUGGGCAUGAGUGUGGGUGUGAGUGCGAGUGCGAGUGCGAGUGUGGGUGCGAGUGUGAGUGUCAUUGCUGGGGGAAAUGCACGCGAUGGGGGAGGAGAGGAAGCAGGGGGCGAAGAAGUUGGAGGGGCAGAGGAGGCAGAGGAGGAGAAAGCAACUAGCGAGGGGGGAGGAGAAGGAGCAGGGUUUGAAGAAGGGGAAGGGUUGGCGAAAGAGGAGAAAAAGGGAGCGGGAGAGGAGCAGGGGGGAGCAGGCGGAGGGGGGAGACUGGACGAAUUAGAGGGAGAGGGAGCAGAAGAGGAGGAAGUGCGGGCGGUUAAAGGGGAGGAGGGUGCAGAGGAAAGGAAAGAAAGUGGUGGGGGGAAAGAAAAGGAAGCAGAGGGAGCAGAUGGAAGAGGAGAGGGAGCAGACGGAGGAGCAGAGGAAGCAGAUGGAGGAGGAGAGGAAGCAGAUGGAGGAGGAGAGGGAGCAGAUGGAGGAGGAGAGGGAGGAGAUGGAGGAGACGGAGCAGAGGGAGGAGAGGGAGGAGAGACAGGAGAGGGAGCAGAGGGAGGAGCAGAGGAAGCAGAUGGAGGAGGAGAGGAAGCAGAUGGAGGAGGAGAGGGAGGAGAUGGAGGAGACGGAGCAGAGGGAGGAGAGGGAGGAGAGACAGGAGAGGGAGCAGAGGGAGGAGCAGAGGGAGCAGAUGAAGGAGGGGAGGGAACAGAGGGAAUGGAACAGGGAGGUGGGGAAGGAGAGGGGGGAGGAGGGGAAGCGGAGGUAGGAGAGGGGGGAGGAGGGGAAGCGGAGGGAGGAGAGGGGGUCGGAGGGGGAGCAGAGGAAGGAAGGAGAACCCGACCGCAAAGGCAGAAGAGGAAGAGGGGGCUAGGGGGAGAUGAUGAUUCACCGCCUCUCCUUUCGUCCCUCUCUCCCGCGCCUCCUCUCAACCGCCCAUCUUCUCUCCCUCCCCCUCGACCUGCAACCCUCCCUCCCAUGCUCCCCUCUGCUCACCAAACCUCUGAACCGUCUCAUAACCCUCACAAUCCUCUCAUGGCUGCAGCAACUGCAGCAACGCACCCUACUGCGCUUCCUGCCGCUUCUCUUCCUCUCCCAACCGCCUGCAAUGGGUUUCAGCGAGGGAAUGCUGCUGCUACUGCUGCUGCUGCUGCUGAUUCUGCUGCUGGUGCUGCUCCUCUUGCUGCUGCUGGCACUUGUGCUGCUGCCGCUGCUGCCUUUCCUCCUCCUCGUCCUCCUGUUGUUGCUGCCACCACUGCUGUUGGCGGUUAUGUUGCGGCUUCUGCCACUGCUGUUUCACCUGCCACUGUUGUUUCACCUGAGAUUUCACCUGAAACGCUGCUGGUGGUGUCUGAAAUGAAGACUGCCAGGUUACUUAUGCUGGGCCCCACUGAUGCCGCCACUAUUGCCCAUGGCCUUUUGUCGCUGGUGCAGUUCGAGAUUCGAGGCCUUCGAAUCGUGCACAAGCUCGGGUCGCCCCUCCCCCAGGCCAUGCACCCUCCAGCGUAUCAAAGUGCAGGCUCCAUCCGCUGUGACGUCUGCACCACCUCAUGCGCUCGCCUGCCUUUGACUGUCAUCGGCCCAACUGAUGUUCUCCAGUCAGACGUGCCCCUUGUGAAAGCCCUGCGCCUGCACCUGCUGCACCUCUGCUCCCCUCCUGCUGUCACCCUUCCAGAAUCACCAUCAACAUCACCACCUGUAGCAUCAAUAGCAAUUGUAGCAGCAGCUGUUGCUGCAGUGCCUGUAGCAACGUGUGCAGCUGUGCCUGUAGCAUCAGCUGUAGCAACGCCUGUGGCAGGAGGACCUGUAGCGGCAGCGGCUGUAGCAGAGGUGCCUGUAGCAGAACCAGCUGCGUUAAACCCCACCACUGCAGUCCUUCCCUCAACAGACAGUCUGAUGAACGGGCAGAUGAACGGGCAGAUGAACAGGCAGAUGAACCGGCAGAUCAAGUACAGGAGCAACAGAAACACCACUACCAGCAUCAGCAGCAGCAUCUGUCACAUGAGCAGCAUCUGUGUAAAAACGAUCCCAGACGAACCUUUCCACGUUCGCCCCUCCUUGCAUUCCGCUGUUCUCGAGCGGACCGCACAACCCUUGCUUGCUUUACGUGACAGUGAGGGGAAAAGGGCUUCUGAGGCGCCUCAUAACGUCCGCCCCUCCUUGCUUUCCGCUGUUCUCGAGCGGACCGCACAACCCUUGCCUACCUCAUCUGGUUCUUUGGAGGAAGACAGACGAAAGGGCAGCAGCACAUGUGGCAGUGAGGAGGAGGAGAGGGGGGAGCCACGUGGCGGGCUGACGCAGUGCCAGGUGUCGAUGCCAGUGUGGAUAUACCAUAUCAUUCGGCAGCUCGCACUCACGCCAACGCUUCCCUCCCCCUCGCACCGCCUGCUGAGGCUGGGCGUUGUGGGGGUGGCUGGGUUCCUGGUGCACGCUGCUUCAAUAACAACCCCCCUUCCCUUCCCUCCCCCACAACAGAUCAUUCGUCAGCUUGCAUUGACACCCACGCUCCCCUCCCCCUCGCACCGCCUGCUGAGGCUGGGCAUUGUGGGGGUGGAUGGGUUCCUGGUGCAUGCAGCCUGUAUAGCGGAAAAGGAAUGA